GAGCCGAAACGGAAACCAAAUCUCUUUAAAAAAUCAAAAGGACCCCAGCAACAUCAGCAGCCAAAUAUCAUCAACACCACCAAACACAAACACAGCCACCCCAAAAACAAUGACUAUUUCAUCGAUGGCGGCUUCAUCUGCAAUAUCUUCCCCAUUUCUUACCCAGAAAGAUGCUGGAGCAGCUGGGAGUGGAGUGUCACCAUUUGUGGGUCAAGUUUCAAAGUCAGUAAAAAUCUCUCACAACAAAAUAUCAAAAAAGAUUGUAGCAGUUGUGGCACCACAGCAAUCUGCAAGAAACCCUGCAACCACUGGCUCAGUAAAGACUGGGAUGACAAUGACAGAAAAGAUCUUUUCAAGAGCUUCUGAGAAAUCCCAAUUAAGCCCCGGUGAAAAUGUUUGGGUUAAUGUUGAUGUCUUGAUGACACAUGAUGUUUGUGGACCAGGUGUUAUUGGAACCUUCAAGAAAGAAUUCGGAAAUGAUGCUAAGGUUUGGGACCGUGAAAAGGUUGUCAUCAUACCUGACCACUAUAUAUUUACAGCUGAUGAAAGAGCAAAUAGAAAUGUCGAUAUCAUAAGGGAUUUCUCACAUGAGCAAAAGAUCAAGUAUUUUUAUGAUAUCACAGAUCUUAGCAACUUUAAGGCUAAUCCUGAUUACAAAGGUGUAUGCCAUGUUGCUCUGGCUCAAGAAGGUCAUUGCAGACCUGGAGAGGUCUUGCUUGGUACGGAUUCUCACACAUGUACUGCUGGAGCAUUUGGCCAGUUUGCUACAGGAAUUGGAAUAACAGACGGGGGCUUUGUUUUAGGAACUGGAAAACUUUUGCUCAAGGUACCUCCAACCUUGAGAUUUGUAUUGGAUGGAGAAAUGCCAGAUUAUCUGCUUGCAAAGGAUUUGAUCUUACAAAUAAUCGGGGAAAUAUCUGUAUCUGGUGCAACAUAUAAAGCAAUGGAGUUUGUUGGUUCCACUAUUGAAAGUCUUACGAUGGAAGAAAGAAUGACGUUAUGCAACAUGGUUGUUGAAGCUGGGGGGAAGAACGGCAUCAUUCCAGCUGAUGCUACGACAUUUAAGUACUUAGAGGACAAAACAUCCGUGCCUUAUGAACCAGUCUACAGCGAUGGUGAAGCAAGGUACCUUUCCGAGUACAGAAUUGACGUCUCUAAAUUGGAGCCCCUGGUGGCAAAGCCUCAUUCUCCCGAUAACCGUGCUUUAGCAAGGGAAUGUAAAGAUGUCAAAAUAGACAGGGUGUACAUUGGAUCUUGUACUGGAGGCAAAACUGAGGAUUUCCUUGCUGCUGCCAAAGUUUUUCUAGCUUCAGGUGAGAAAGUAAAAGUACCCACGUUCCUUGUUCCCGCUACUCAAAAGGUAUGGAUGGAUGUAUAUACCCUUCCGGUGCCAGGAUCUGGCGGCAAAACAUGUUCUCAGAUAUUUGAAGCUGCUGGUUGUGAUACACCUGCAAGUCCUAGUUGUGGUGCCUGUUUGGGUGGUCCAAAGGAUACCUAUGCACGCCUUAACGAACCUCAGGUAUGUGUCUCAACCACAAAUAGGAACUUCCCUGGUAGAAUGGGCAACAAAGAUGGUCAGAUCUAUCUAGCAUCUCCUUACACUGCCGCAGCUUCUGCGUUGACUGGUUUCGUAUCUGAUCCAAGAGACUUUUUGCAUUGAGUUAAACACUACUUUUGCUCAUUCGGUGACACAACCCUGAUGUAUGGUGUGAUAACUACAAAAGUACUAUAUGUUUGUUUGUUUUACAUUAUAAUUUUGAAAUAAAAACCCAUACAGUGGUUAUGCA